UUCGUUGUGGUUAAGGCGCAUGCUCCGAGCUCCCGCGCAUGCUCAGUAAGAGCCAAGCAGCCCAUCCCGUGACUGGCAGGCUAGGUAGCCCCGCCCCCCCGUGGCGACUCCGCCCCGCCCGGCCAGCUGGGCUCGAGUCCCUUCCCCGCCCGCCCGAGCCUCCCUCCGGCUCAAACUCCCCCUGAGCUCCGGGAGCGGCGGCCGCGGCUGGUAACUUUCCCCCCAGUGCGGGCGCGGGCAGGACCUAUGCGCCCCGGCUGAUCGCGGCCCCGGCAGGGCAGCAGCAGCGGCCCCGAGCCCGCCCCCUGGCCGGGCGGGGGGCGCUGAGCGGCGGCGGUUGCCCCAUGUCCCGCAAGGCCAGUGAGAAUGUGGAGUACACGCUGCGGAGCCUGAGCAACCUGAUGGGCGAGAAGCGCCGGAGGCAGCCGGACGGCUCGGCCGGCUCCAGCGCGGCGGCGGCGGCGGCCGGGGAGCGCAGCCUGAUCGCCGCCGAGUCCUGCUCCAGCAUCAACAGCCAGGCGUCCGGCGGGGAGCUGGAGCGGGCGGCCCGGCGGCAGUUCCAGCAGGACGAGACCCCGGGCUUCGUCUACGUGGUGUCGGUGUUCUCCGCCCUGGGGGGCUUCCUCUUCGGCUAUGACACCGGCGUGGUGUCCGGGGCCCUGCUGCUGCUCAAGAGGGAGCUCAACCUGGGCGCCCUCUGGCAGGAGCUGCUGGUCUCCAGCACGGUGGGCGCCGCCGCGCUCUCGGCGCUGGCCGGCGGGGUGCUGAACGGGCUGUGGGGCCGCCGACCCUGCAUCCUCCUCUCCAGCUGCUUCUUCAUCGCGGGCGCCGCCCUGCUGGCCGCUGCCCCGGACAAGGAGACCCUGCUAGGGGGGCGCAUCGUGGUGGGGCUGGGCAUCGGUGUGGCUUCCAUGACAGUACCAGUAUACAUUGCAGAGGUCGCUCCACCCCACUUAAGAGGCAGAUUAGUUACCAUUAAUACUCUCUUCAUCACAGGAGGGCAGUUCUUUGCCAGUGUUAUUGAUGGAGCCUUCAGCUACCUCGCAAAGGAUGGAUGGAGGUACAUGCUGGGCCUCUCAGCAGUUCCAGCAAUUAUACAGUUUUUUGGCUUCCUGUUUCUUCCUGAAAGCCCCCGCUGGCUGAUUCAGAAAGGCCAAACUCAGAAAGCACGGAGAAUUCUGUCUCAGAUACGUGGCAACCAGACAAUUGAUGAGGAAUAUGAUAGUAUCAAGAACAACAUUGAAGAGGAAGAAAAAGAAGUUGGAGCAGCUGGACCUGUGAUCUGCAGAAUGCUGACAUACCCUCCAACUCGAAGAGCUUUAAUUGUGGGUUGUGGUCUGCAGAUGUUCCAACAACUGUCAGGCAUUAACACCGUCAUGUACUACAGUGCAACCAUUUUGCAGAUGUCGGGGGUUCAAGAUGACAGUCUUGCAAUCUGGCUGGCUGCAGUGACAGCAUUUACAAACUUCCUUUUCACACUAGUGGGAGUCUGGCUUGUUGAAAAAGUGGGCCGCCGGAAACUUACGCUUGGUAGCCUAACAGGUACUACUGUAGCACUCAUUAUCCUAGCUUUGGGAUUUUUGCUGUCAGCUCAGGUCUCACCUCGAGUCACUCUUAACCCAACAGAUCCUUCAGGUCAAAAUUCUACUUGCACAAAUUACAGUUAUUGUAAUGGAUGCAUGCUAGAUCCAGAUUGUGGUCUCUGCUACAAACUGAACAAGUCAAAUGUUGUUGAGUCCUCAUGUGUUCCGGUUAAGAAAGAAUCUACAAUGGCAGCAGCAUGGGGCAGGUGUUCGAAUGAAACCAGAUUCAAAAGAGAAGAAUUAUUUUGGGCAUACAAUUUCUGCCCUACUCCAUACUCUUGGACAACACUUCUGGGCCUUAUUUUAUACUUGGUUUUCUUCGCACCUGGAAUGGGACCUAUGCCCUGGACAGUAAAUUCUGAAAUUCAUCCGCUUUGGGCUAGAAGUACAGGAAAUGCAUGUUCAUCUGGCGUAAACUGGAUUUUCAAUGUUCUGGUGUCACUGACAUUUUUGCAUACAGCAGAAUACCUUACAUACUAUGGGGCAUUCUUCCUCUAUGCAGGAUUUGCUGGUAUGGGACUCAUUUUCAUCUACGGCUGCCUUCCUGAGACUAAAGGGAAAAAACUAGAGGAAAUUGAAUCUUUGUUUGAAAACAGGCUAUGUACAUGUGGUAUUUCAGAUUCUGAUGAAGGGAGGUAUAUUGAAUAUAUUCGGGUGAAGGGAAGUAAUUAUCAUCUGUCUGACAAUGAUGCUUCUGAUGUGGAAUAAUUUUCAGCUGCUGAUGUAUUAAUCAUUUAAAAGCCUUCCGGGGGAAGAGCAGCUCUUGGUGACCUCACUGCCCUGCUUCUGGUCUGGUUCUCCUUUCUACUGCCUAGUUACAAAUGCCUUCGUGUACUAAAAUACUUCAUUUGGGAGAAAAUGAAACGUAAUACUGUUUGCCUGAUCAUGGAAAGUAAUGGUUUCCAAAGGGGAUCUAAUUCUUCGACUGUAUGAAUUUACCAAUGGUGUGCAAUACAGGUAUCUGUGCAUUAUACCAAAUGAAAUGCAUACGAUGUACCAUACUGUAUAGCCUUAUCUUUCUUUGCUGACAAAAGUUAAAAUAAUGUAAUAACUAAUCAGUAACCAGAUGAAUCAUAAAAGUAGAAUAAACCUGGGAACAGGGGCUGGGUUCACAAAAGAACUUUAACUUCUAGGCACCUAAAAAAUCACUGGGAUUCACAAAAUGGGAGUUAAGCAUUCAGGCUUCCUCUACAAUGACUGGCGGGAUAUAGGCACUUAUGAAUGGGAUUCACCAAAGCCAGUGCACUAGGCGGAUUCCUCUAGCCAAUGGGAGAUGCCGGGAGGACGGGGGGAGGUGUCCUAAGCCCUGUCCCUCUCUGAGAGUCUGGCACGUAAAUCCAGACUGGAGGGAGACAUCUCCUUCUCCUUGGGAUUCUCAGCUGCAAGCCCUCUCUUAGAGAUACACCAGGAGUUAGGGCACUCACCUGAGAGGUGGCAGAUCCCUAUUUGAGAUCCUUCUCUGUCUCAGGUGGACGGGCGACUUGAAGCAGGGCACUCCCACGUCCCCGAUAAGUACCCUAACCACUGGGAUAAAAGUUGAAUGAGGUCCCCCUCUGCAUCCUCCUCCUGUGAGCAUGCAUCUAAGAUUGGGCCCCGCAGCGAGUUAGGCGGAUGAAUUCCUAUCUUCCCCUGGUUUGUGCAUUGCACUGGGGCUUAGGCAUCCAGACACCUACAGAGGAGCCAUAGUGCAUGUACUGAGUGGCACAAUAUCAGUACCAAGGGAAACUUUUAAUGCAAAAUCUUAGGAACUUACAGGGUUUGGCAGCAACUGAGCAGGGGUUUUGUGAAUCCCAGUGGUGCCUGAUCCUGGGAUUUAGGUACCCAAAGUGGCAGUUAGGUGCCUAAAUCCCUUUGUGACUUUAGCCCUAUGUAUUUGGUGUUUUUGCUACAGCAGCCUGAAUAUGAAAUAAGCAGAAUGAGAAAUCCACAGGAUGCUGUAGAAAUUAUCACACAGUUUGAAAAUACAAACAUCUUCUGUCUUUAUGGGAGAGAUGUGUCUCCUAAUAGGAUUCCCCUCUUGUUUCUUUGUGUUGGUAUUCAAAGGUCUGUACUAAAUUGCUCCGUGUUUCAACUCUAGUGUCACAGUGGAUGUUGGUUAUAUUACUCUAUCCAGAUAUUGAUCUUUGACCAUAUAUUACGAUCAGUAGUUGGUAUUUGUGACCUAAAUUGCCAAAGAAUGACCUUAAGCUCACAGUAAGGUGUAAUUAAACGUUAUUGCCUGGACAAAUAAACUGACACAUAUUGAUAAGUGCCACUUAAAGGCCUAAGUUAACUGGAAAAAAGUGAUCUUUCAUUCCCAUUUGUGCAUCUGAGCAUUCGGGUACGUGUCCAGUUUUGAACACAAAUAUCAGUUUAAAAAAAAAAGAAAAAUAGGGAUAAGAUCUUGUGUUAAGUUCACAGCAAUCAGUGCCCCUUUGCUCAUUAAUAUACGUCACUUUCAAUUUGUCUUAUGUGCAAAGUAAAUAAUUUCUAGCAGGUCUUUCCUCCCUUUACUCAAACAGUGUCUUUGGAUCUGAAAAGAAAAUUAGCAGUAUUCAAAUGCUGAUAUUUACUCAUAUUAAUUGUCUUAUGAAGCAUUGCAAAAUUGUCAGGAAAAUUCACCGUGUCAGGCACAAAAAGCUGCUCACCCACAUUCACCAUGGUAAUGAAAAAAUUAAUGGUAUUUUAUUCACCUGCCAAAAAAAUUACUUGCAUUGGCAAGUAGAAUCUUACAAGGCUGCAUUAAAAUAUCAUGAUAUUUUCCUCCCUCUCCACCCCUUACCCAGUUAAUCCUUCAGAGAAAUAAGUUUUUAAAAAAAUUUGGAAGCUUGAAGUCAUACCCUUGAAAUUCACAAUGAAGGAAAAAUCACUUUUCACAUAUACCAUUUCCUCCCUUUCUUUUUAUGAUGUACAGUUUUGAUGAAAAUAUAUGAGAUUGUUGGGUUUUAUAGAUAUAGGUCUGGAGGCCUUUUCAUGGAUUGAGAGACAUAUUUUGAAUGUGGGUUUGCUCUCUGAACGUUAUUUGUUGCCUAAUUAUUUUUAGUGGGUCACACAUGGGUGGUAAGUUUGUAUUGUAACUCUUUGCUAGAUCUGAUUUAUAUUGCUCUAUAUAAUUUUAUACAGGGGCUUUUCUAACUCCUUGAAUUUUCUUUGAAUUGUGUGUUUUGUCAGAGUUGAGUGUGACUGUCUUUUUAACUUUAUAAAACUGUUAAUGAAAAGAAAUGUUUAAAAAGCAAAUGUUUUAAAACAUCCCUCUGUAAUUUGGAAAAGGAGGAAAUAAGCAUGACAAUCAGAGGGCUUUUAAAUAUGUCACAGUCACUGAGUUUUGGCAUGAUUGGACUCUGAAUAUGCACCUGGUCAGUUAGAGGGCCAGGCUCCCAGGCCUCAGAUCUCUGCUCUCAAGUAUGAGAUGUUGAAAAUGUUGCAGCAUGUACAAGUUCAAAUGUACACUCUAUUAGGCACACUGUUGCCAGUUUAUAGCCUUCACUGAAGGCACAACUUAGUCUUAAAUACUUUUAUGGGUAAACUGGCUUCUGCCUGACCCCCAAAAGUCUGUUCUCCAAGGCCAUGCUUCAGAAAAGAAUCCCUAUUCAGGACAGCAUGUAAGCACAUGUUUAAAUGCUGUCCUGAAUAGGGACAGACUUUAGCACUUACCUCUCCUAAGGCCCUGACCCAGCAAUGCACUUAAGCAUGUGCUUAACUUUUAGCAUGUGAUUAGUCCCAUUGAUUUAAGUGCUUUUGCUGGACUGGGGCUUAAGCCACUUGAAAUGCAGCUGAUCACUAACAACUUUAGUGAUCAACUGUCACUUCACUGCACCAACAUCUAUGAUUAGACAAAAUUACUGCACCGCUGUCACUCAUUUGGCAUAAUUGAAGUAAAGUGACUGUAAUAGGAAUUGUCAGAAGAUCAGUGACUUGUUUUUCUGCAAAUGCUGGGGCUUUUGAGCAAAAGAAGACCAUUAUCCUUUGUCAACAGUGUUUCUUGGGUGUUCUCAUAAACUACAUUCCGCUGUGCACAGUACUCUGCUAUAUUUCUGACACUUACAACUUUUAUCUUAUUGUAGACAAUUUUCUAAAGUCAUGCAUGACAUUUCCCUACUCUCUAGGCAUAGAGACUAAAAACACAAUGCAUUUCAGCUGUGAAUGCAGCUGAGUAAUGAGGGCACAAAACCUACUGGCUGCUUUUCUGUCACCUUCUCUCCCCCCUCCUUCCCCGCCCCAUGGAGUUGGAUUUAAGUCUUCCUUUUACUAUUGCUUUAUACAAAGAUAAUAUUCCAUCUCUUAUAAGUAUUAGACAUAAUACCAAGCAUUAUUUAUAAUAAAAACAAGAUCAACUGAAUACUUGAAUUAACCUUACAUAAUUGGGAUUUUAUUUUUCGAAUCCGUUAACAUUUAUAAUGUAUGAAGAAAACUAAACAAAUAUUUCUAUUUUGCAACAGGUUUUAAUAUUUGUGCAUAUUUUACUUUCUAAGAGAUUUUGCUAGUGUGAGUAGACUUAUUAACAUUCCAGAUAAAAGGUUAUAAAUACAAUGUAGCUAAAUUUCUUAUGACAGGAUUUUAAUUUAUAAAAGAACAUAAAUAGUAUGUCUAAGCACAAUAUCAUUUUUAUUAAAAGCUUUCUGCAGAAGAUGUGAAAUUAUUUCUUCACAAGUACUACAUGUUUAAUUCAGGGCAUCAGGAAAGUUAAAGUAGGAUUGGUGGUAUAAUUUUGGCUAAAUUGGCACGAGUUACAUAUGAAAUUCCCCAAAAUGUAAGUAUCUCUGAUGCUUCAGAUCAUGUAGGUUUGAUAAUAGGUAUAGGAGAUGUUAGUCCAGAUGCAUAUUUUAUUUUUUUUAAAUUUUAUUAAAAAUUAAUUUGUUAAUCUGUAGCAUUCUAAAGCUUCUUUAAUGUAAUUUGCAAGUUGUUUCUGCCCCUUGUCAAAUUGCUGGUCAAAUUGUGGUUUUUUUUGUCUUUUUUGUUUUUUUUUAAUUGCGUUUGAAGAUAAUCAUUAAAGUGGACUAAGCCCUUUAGGGAUC